AUGGCGGGGAGCAGCACGGCUCAGAAAACAUGGGAGCUAACCAACAGCAUGCAGGAAGUUCAGAGCAUAGAUGAAAUUUACAAAUAUGACAAAAAGCAACAACAAGAAAUCCUCGCUGCGAAGCCGUGGACAAAGGAUCAUCACUAUUUCAAGUACUGCAAGCUCUCCGCCUUGGCCCUGUUGAAGAUGGUGAUGCACGCCAGGUCUGGAGGAAACCUGGAGGUGAUGGGCCUCAUGCUGGGGAAGGUGGAUGGUGAAACUAUGAUCAUUAUGGACAGCUUUGCUUUGCCCGUGGAGGGCACAGAAACCAGAGUCAACGCCCAGGCUGCAGCCUAUGAAUACAUGGCUGCCUACAUUGAAAAUGCUAAACAGGUUGGCCGGCUGGAGAAUGCUAUUGGCUGGUACCACAGUCACCCCGGCUAUGGAUGCUGGCUCUCGGGCAUAGAUGUCAGCACUCAGAUGCUCAACCAGCAGUUUCAGGAGCCUUUUGUGGCCGUUGUGAUCGACCCCACUCGGACUAUUUCUGCAGGGAAAGUCAACCUUGGCGCCUUCAGGACCUACCCAAAGGGUUACAAACCUCCCGAUGAAGGACCGUCUGAAUACCAGACAAUCCCUUUGAACAAGAUUGAAGACUUUGGUGUUCACUGUAAACAGUAUUACGCCUUGGAGGUUACUUACUUCAAGUCCUCCCUUGAUAGAAAGCUUCUGGAACUCCUUUGGAAUAAAUAUUGGGUCAAUACCUUAAGUUCCUCAAGUCUCCUCACGAACUCGGACUACACCACAGGCCAGGUGUUUGACCUGUCAGAGAAGCUGGAGCAGUCGGAGGCCCAGCUGGGCAGAGGCAGCUUCAUGCUCGGGUUGGACACACAUGACAGGAAGUCUGAGGACAAACUGGCCAAAGCGACACGAGAUAGCUGCAAGACAACCAUAGAGGCAAUUCAUGGCCUGAUGUCUCAAGUCAUUAAGGACAAACUCUUCAAUCAAAUCAACACAUCUGCAAAUUGACACCCUGAGCUACGAGCGCCGAUUUGGAUGUUCCAC